ACCUGCCCACCGCGGGUUAAGGCUGGGAGGCCGCACCGUGCGGCGAGGGCCGCCGCACAUGCGCCUUGAGGAAAGAUGGCACCUGCCGGCUGCUGCUGCUGCUACUGCUGCUGGGGCGGCGCUGUGGCCGCCGGACUGCUGCUGUUGUUGGGGGUCCUGUCCGCCGGGCUGUGCCCGGGCGCCGUGGCCACCGAGCACUACUCGCCGCUGUCGCUGCUCAAGCAGGAGCUGCAGCACCGGCAGCAGCAGGAGGCCCCGGCAGGCGGCGGCUGCAGCCCUCAGUCCGGGGACUGGGGAGACCAGUACUCGGUCGAGUGCGGCGAGUCAUCCUUUCUGAACUUCCACGACUCAGACUGCGAGCCCAAAGGACCACCACCCUGUGACUCAUUGCUUUCCCUCAACACUGAAAAGAUUCUGAGCCAGGCCAAGUCUAUUGCAGAACAAAAGAGAUUCCCGUUUGCUACGGAUAACGACAGCACAAAUGAAGAGCUAGCUAUUGCUUAUGUGUUGAUUGGCAGUGGACUCUAUGAUGAAGCGAUAAGACAUUUUUCGACAAUGCUUCAGGAGGAGCCUGAUCUGGUUAGUGCAAUUUAUGGCCGAGGGAUAGCCUAUGGAAAGAAGGGACUACAUGACAUUAAGAAUGCUGAGCUUGCUCUGUUCGAACUGAGCCGAGUAAUUACCUUGGAACCAGAUCGUCCAGAGGUAUUUGAACAGCGAGCAGAAAUUCUGUCCCCUCUGGGACGAAUUAAUGAAGCAGUGAAUGAUCUCACCAAAGCUAUCCAGCUUCAGCCCUCAGCACGGCUGUACAGACACCGGGGGACCCUGUACUUCAUAUCAGAGGACUAUGCAACAGCCCACGAAGACUUCCAGCAGUCCUUAGAACUGAACAAAAACCAGCCUAUAGCUAUGCUAUACAAAGGUCUAACUUUCUUUCACAGAGGACUUCUGAAGGAAGCUAUUGAAUCCUUCAAAGAAGCCUUGAAGCAAAAAGUUGAUUUUAUUGAUGCGUAUAAAAGUCUGGGACAGGCCUAUAGAGAACUGGGCAAUUUCGAAGCUGCCACUGAGAGCUUUCAGAAGGCACUGUUGCUCAACCAAAAUCAUGUGCAGACCCUGCAGCUUCGGGGAACGAUGCUUUAUCACCAUGGCAGCCUGCAGGAAGCCCUGAAAAACUUCAAGCUCGAACCCUAUAAUGAGGUGUGCCAGUACAUGAAAGGGCUCAGUCAUGUUGCCAUGGGACAGUUCUAUGAAGGAAUAAAAGCACAGACUAAAGUCAUGCUAAAUGAUCCUCUCCCGGGCCAGAAGGCUAGCCCAGAGUAUCUGAAAGUGAAAUAUCUCCGAGAGUAUUCUCGAUAUCUUCACGCACACCUUGAUACUCCUCUUACGGAAUAUAACAUUGACGUGGAUCUGCCUGGAAGCUUUAAAGACCACUGGGCUAAAAAUCUGCCUUUCCUCAUAGAAGACUAUGAAGAGCAGCCAGGGUUGCAACCCCACAUAAAAGACGUGUUACAUCAGAACUUUGAGAGUUAUAAGCCCGAGGUACAAGAGCUGAUCUGUGUAGCUGAUCGUUUGGGAUCACUGAUGCAAUAUGAGACACCUGGUUUCCUGCCAAACAAGAGAAUACACAGAGCCAUGGGUUUGGCAGCAUUGGAGGUCAUGCAAGCUGUCCAGCGUACGUGGACCAACUCGAAAGUUCGAAUGAAUGGGAAAACACGGCUAAUGCAGUGGAGAGACAUGUUCGACAUUGCAGUAAAGUGGAGACGGAUUGCCGACCCAGACCAGCCAGUGUUGUGGUUAGAUCAAAUGCCAGCACGAAGUCUUAGCAGAGGUUUUAAUAACCACAUCAAUUUGAUCAGGGGUCAGGUGAUUAACAUGAGAUACCUGGAGUAUUUUGAGAAGAUUCUUCAUUUUAUUAAAGAUAGAAUUCUUGUUUAUCACGGAGCUAAUAAUCCUAAAGGAUUGUUGGAAGUUAGAGAAGCUCUGGAAAAGGUACACAAAGUAGAAGACCUUCUUCCGAUUAUGAAGCAGUUUAAUACUAAAACAAAGGAUGGGUUCACAGUGAACACAAAAGUUCCCAGCCUCAAAGAUCAAGGGAAGGAAUAUGAUGGAUUCACAAUCACAAUUACAGGAGACAAGGUUGGCAACAUACUGUUUUCUGUGGAAACGCAAACCACAGAAGAAAGAACACAAUUCUAUCAUGCUGAGAUAGAUGCACUUUAUAAAGACCUCACAGCAAAAGGAAAAGUACUGAUUCUUUCAUCAGAAUUUGGGGAGGCUGAUGCUGUUUGCAACUUAAUCUUAUCCUUAGUUUAUUACUUUUAUAAUUUAAUGCCACUCUCUCGAGGAUCCAGUGUGAUAGCUUACUCUGUGAUCGUGGGAGCUUUGAUGGCAAGUGGAAAAGAAGUGGCAGGAAAAAUCCCCAAAGGGAAGUUAGUUGACUUUGAAGCUAUGACAGCCCCUGGUUCAGAAGCCUUUAGCAAAAUAGCCAAAAGCUGGAUGAGCCUAAAAAGUAUUUCACCUUCUUAUAAGACUCUCCCAUCUGUGUCAGAGACGUUCCCUACAUUAAGAUCAAUGAUCGAGGUGCUAAACACGGACUCCUCUCCACGUUGUCUUAAGAAACUCUAGUUACGCUGUGGUAUUUAUACAAGUAAAGGGCCGGACCUCUUGCUUCUUAAGUUAUUUUUUAAAACAUGGAAUUAUAAAGAAACUAGGUCCUUUAUUACUUUUGAUACCAAUUUUUGAUAGGAAUUGAAUACUUGAAAUCAUUUUCUUUACUUUUUGAACCAUAAUAAAAAUCAUGAAAGAGGGUUUUUUGGGAGGGUAAAAAAAGCUCUAUGUUGGGGCAGGAAAAUGUAUGUAGAGGCCAGCGGCCUUGUUGGUUUCCACUUACAAAGUCCUAAAACUCCUUCCUCACAGCAAAAAAGUUGACUUCAAAAACCAAAAAUUAAUCAUUAAAAGGAACAAAACCAACAACAAAACAGGAGUGUUUUCAUUCCUUGAAAGAUUUGUAUAUUUUUCAAAGGCCUUUUUAUGCACAUUGUGAUAGGGCAUCGUGUUUCUCACAUAAUCUUCACGAGUGGGUUCUCUGUUGUAUUUGAAUGAUGGAAGAUUCCUGGGCCAUCACCAUGUGCCGCAGAGCUCACUGCCGGGAACAUUUGUUUUGAAUGAUGCAGACAGUAUUUGCCAGUGACCCAAACACUGAAUUACUGAACCAUGUUUUUUUUUUUUCUCUGUGUUGGAAAAAAUAAAUGAGGGGUGAUUUCUGUAAAUCACCAGUUUUUGACACUGGAUUAUGUAUGAUUUUAUUUUGUGAACUAGUUUCACUUGCAGGUGUAAGAACAUCCGGAACAUGACUGAUUUCCCCCCCCCGCUCCCAAGCCAGGGUAAAUGACAGUGAAUAAAACGGGUUCAUUAAAUUAUUACCAUUUCCAAAUCAUUUUCAUUUUUCUUCGGUGUUUGUUAAAGAGUUAAACUAUUCACUGCUUUUUGCUACUUGGUUUUGGUCUUGAAAUCCCACAUUAAGAGUAGCCGGCCAGUGUCUUGGGGUGUCGGGGCUUGUGGGGAGCUUAGCACCACUGGACAGGAGCAGUUAUCUGCUAGAACAUGGCCGUUUGAUCGAGACGACCUGCCCUUCGGACUCAUGCCCAUCCGACUACUGACGUGUGCUUUCGAACAGCCACCUAGUUUGGCUCCUGUCGUCGUCUCUUCUGAGGGAGGGGAAUAAUGAUCCCAGUUGUCAGCACACCCCAUCUUAUGAGCACAUUUCACACCCACAGGUCGAUUUUUCUCCUGGAGACCAGCAUUGUGUUCACCGAAGACAAGUGUCCAUUUUCAUUUUACAGGUGAGCGAGCUGAGACUCUGGGAGGGCAUUGACGCUCCCGAGACCCCGAGCUGUUGACACCCUGGUGCUGAUUCCAGCCAGUCCUCUCUGAGCCCAGGGCCUCCCUGCCCCGCUGUGGUCUUCAGGACUAAAGAUUCAAUUCGCACGCUCUUCUCAAGACUCAGAGAAUACAUAACAGGGCACCGUGCAGGGUCUCCAUGUAUCUGUUACGUUUCCUUGUGCUCCCAGCUUUGUGCUGUUUUGACCAAAUUGAGCUAGCUGAAGACUUUGGAAACCACAAAAGAGCUGCAUCCAGAGAUGCUGUGUGGGAUUGCAAAGCAAGAUGGCAGUUGCCAUUUUUUUUUUUUAAGAUUUAUGUACUUUAGCGAGAGCGUGUAGGUGCAUGAGUGGGGGGAGGGACAGAGGAGAGAAUCUUCAAGCAGCUCCCCGCUGAGUGCAGAGCCCCAUACCACACUCGAUCUCUCAAUGAUCCAUGAGAUCCUGACCUGAGCCAAAACCAAGAGUCAAAUGCUUAACUGACUGAGCCACCCAGGAGCACCCUGACCUUUCUAAAAUAUGACAAUAUGUCUAAACCCCAGAAUUAGAACAUAUUUCUCUUGAAACCAACUCCAAAUUCCUCCAUUUCAGUUUUUAUUUAGAUAGCCCAGUUUCUCCUCAUUCGCAUAAGGUGAUUAUUACAUCAUCAGAAGUACUAACAUGCUAAAUUCUGUGACUUCAAAAUGUUUUGGGAAAACAUUCCAUCUUCUGCCCCGAAUCCCAAAAUACUCAGGCCAAAUUGACUGUGGUCUGAACAAAAUAUUACAUGUAGUUCUGUUUGGUGGCCAAGAUGGUACCCACCACUAGUGCUCCCAUUCCCAUCUUUAAGGGCUCUUGUCAAAGGAAGAUUUGAAAUGCAUUUUUAUAUCAUGAUAUUUAAUGCUCUCUCAUCACCUCUUCUAUUAAAUUGAAAAACUGCACCUAAAAAUCAGUCAUAGGGGCACCUGGGUGGCUCAGUCGUUAAGCGUCUGCCUUCAGCUCAGGUCAUGAUCCCAGGGUCCUGGGAUCGAGCCCCACGUCGGGCUCCCCACUCAGCGGGAAGCCUGCUUCUCUCUCUCCCUCUGACUGCCACUCUGCCUACUUGUGCUAUCUCUCUGUCAAAUAAAUAAAAACCUUUUAAAAACAAACAAAAUCAGUCAUAGUUCCAUCAUACAAGGUAUUCUCUGUUUAAAGCUUUUUUAAAA